AUGCUCCACUUUGACGGCGGUGAUUGCUGGCCCUUCUCCUGUGUCGGUGUGUUCCAAUGUGGCAGGGUGGAUAUCAUAGCCAACGAUCAGGGCAUUCGUUUAACGCCGAGUUGUGUGGCCUUCAUAGAUAAAAAACGCCUCAUCGGUGAAGCCGCGAAGAAUUACGCUGUUAUGAACCCUACCAAUACAGUGUUCAAUGUGAAGCGCCUAAUUGGACGCAGUUUCGACGACAAGGCGGUGCAGGGCGACAUGAAGCACUGGCCCUUCAAGGUUGUAAAGUGCGGUGCGAUACCAAAGAUCGAAGUACAGCACUGUGGUGAAACAAAGCGAUUCGUCACGGAGGAGAUCUCAUCCAUGGUGCUGUCGAAGAUGAAGCAGACGGCUGAGACGUACCUGAACAAGAAGAUCAAACGUGUGGUAAUCACUGUGCCUGCCUACUUUAACAUCAGUCAGCGACAGGCAACAAUAGACGCAGCAAAAUUGGCUGGUUUAAAAGUGCUGCGGCUCAUCAAUGAGCCGACCUCAGCUGCAAUUGCAUACGGUAUGGACAAGAGAAGCGACAGGCAACGUAAUGUGCUCAUCUUCGAUUGGGGUGGUGGCACCUUCGACGUGUCCGUCAUGUCCACGGAGAAAGGGAAAUUUGAUGUGAAGGCGGUUGGUGGUGACACGCACCUGGGAGGUGAGGACAUCAAUUCUCUACUGGUGGAUCACUGUGUGGAGGUGUUUAAGCAAAAGCACCAAGGGAAGGACCCAACCACUAACAAGAAUUCUGUUAGUCGUCUGAGAGAGGCAUGUGAGAAGGCAAAGCGAGAGUUAAGCGAAGCUGAUCACACGGAUAUAGAAGUUGCCGCGUUGUUUGAGGGCAUCGAUUCCACUGUGACUCUCACACGGGCCCGAUUUGAGCAGAUGUUCUCGGACCUCUUCAAUCGGACGAUGGAGGCGGUAAAGUCAACAUUGAGUGAUGCGAAGUUGGACAAGGCAGACAUCCACGAUAUAGUGUUGGUGGGUGGAUCGACGCGCAUUCCGAAGGUUCAGAAGAUGUUGCAGGACUUCUUUGAUGGUAGGGAAGUAAAAAGGUCCAUCAACCCAGACGAGGCAGUGGCGUACGGUGCAACGUUGCUGGCGGCCAUUCUAACUGGUACCAUUUCGCAAGUGACGGAGGAUUUGAUGUUGCUGGAAGUGACGCCACUCUCACUGGGCGUGGAGAUAAGGGGUGGUGUGAUGUCGACGGUGAUAAAGCGUAACACACGAAUUCCCACAAACCAGGUAGCUUUUUACUACACUGUUGAAGACAAUCAAGAGACUGCGUCGGUCAAGGUAUAUGAGGGUGAGCGCGCGAUGGCGAGUCUCCCUCUGGCACCGCGUGGGGAGACUAAGGUUAAGGUGGUCUUUAAAAUUGACGAAAAUGGCAUUCUGCAUGUGUCGGCAAUGGAAGUGUCGACAGGAAAGCAGAACAGCAUCACCAUCACCAACUACAAGGGUCGCCUAUCGGACGAGGAGGUAGAGCGAAUGCUGGCUGAUGCUAAGAAGUUCAGGCAGAAAGACGAGAAGGAGAGGAGCAGGAUGGCAGCCAAGAAUUUGUUAGUGGACCAUAUCUACAGCAUAAAAAAGAAAUUGGAGAGUGAGGAGAUAAAGCAGACGACACCGGAGGCGUAUCGACAAGAUAUACUUGCGAUGUGUGAGAAGGCGAUAAAGUGGACGGACACGGAGAAGCAGGCCACAAAGGAGGAUUACGAACAAAUGCGCAAACAGUUUGAGAACAUCUCCUUCAAAGCUCAGGAGGAUCGAAAUAAAUGCCGACGCAUCGAGCUACGUCGUCUUUACAGUAUCCAUUGUCGGAGUGAAGCAGUCCGAGCACAAGUGCUCAAAUUAGGCCCAGGUGAGGGCCACGCUAAACUUGUUGCACCAACGCCAGCACCUAACCCCUAA